AUGUCUCAGACCAAUCACUCAAGCAACGAAGUUGUCAACUCACCUGCAGCUCGCGACGUGUCUCCCAGGCGAACUGUAUGGGGACGCACCCGUGCAAGGACGGGCCAACUCCAAGGCGUCAACGGAACCGAAGCAGUUACGGGCGAAGACGCAACACUCACUGACCGCGCAGCCGUAGGCGCUACGCGUGUCGCUCAAACCAACGGCGUAGCCAUAGGCGCUACGUCCCCUGCUCGUGAAACCAUUGGAGUCAAUCCAACCGACCGUGAAGCCAUAGGCGCUACGCGUGUCGCUCCGACAAAUGGCGGAACCAAUGGAGCAAUCCUUCCUGAUCGAGUAGCUGUUGAAGACGCUCCAAAUGGCCGCGAAGCUAUGGGCACUACGCGCGACAUUUACCCCCGUCGAUCAUCCAGACACGUGAAAAUCAGUCAAGCCGCGCUUGACGAAGCUGUACGAAGAACCUUGGAUAAGAUGAGCGGUCAAGCGGCGCAGAUAGAAUCGCAAGGACGAAAUGACCAUGCAAGGCAUCAUCGGCGACAGGAAGAUGACGCAGCUGAGCACAAUGCUAAUGGAAGCUCCCGACUCUCGUCGAUCAUCGUUGGACCCAAUGGUGAGCAGCCAAGGGUACAUUUUCAGGCCAGUCAGGUCUCCGCAGAUCAGCGUGCUGACGCAAGUCGCUCCGAGAAUGCUGAGAAUCACGCGCUACGGCAAGAACUUCAGCAGAUGCAAGCUCAGCUGCAGACGCUUACGACUCAGAUGCACCGAGCGACGAGUGCAGCACCAGAGCUAGAAACCGUGCUAGCAGAAGCAAGGCGUUCACCUUUCACUGCAAGGGUUUCAGGAGUUAGAGUCAAGCACAAUCCUGACAAUAGCAAGAACAGACCAAUUCCGUAUGAUGGAAAGGGCGAUCCCACCGUCUUCCUGAAGUCAAUGACAAUCCAUAUCAGUCGAUUGUAUUUUUCACCUGAGGAAGCAGAUGCGGGGAGCUGUCAGCUGUUCGUCGAGAGUCUUUCCGGCGAAGCGCUCAAUUGGUUCUCUAGACUUGAAGCCAACUCAAUCGAUGGAUACGAGGCAUUAACAAGCGCGUUCCUUCAACAUCACCAGUGCUUCAUGCGCAUACCUGCGUCAAAUGCUGAUCUAUGGAGAAUGUAUCAGAAACGUGACGAGUCAUUACGGACUUUCAUGGAUAGAUUUAAAGAUGUCGUGUCCCGAUUAUCUAUAAGUGACGAAUCUGCAAUCGGCGCAUUGAAAAACGCGCUCGCCCGGGGUACCAGAUUCAAAGACGAUCUAACAAUCCUGCCUGUCACAAGUUUGGGCGAAGUACUCGCACGUGCCAACCGAUACAUUCUGGUCGAAGAAGACAGAGGUAAGAGGAACCCCGAUCAACCUGGUACAGUAGAAAAGGCAUCUGAGAAGGCUCAAGAUUCAAAAGGCAAGGCCGUAGAUGAGUAUUACGAACCGCGCCAACACUACAACAAGGACUUCGCCAGAGGCGAGAAAGGAAGAAAAGCGACGAUGUUCGCUAUCGAUGGGAAAGAACAACCGAACAAGUCCUGGAACAAAUGGCACCGCGAAGCCGAUAAUCCCAGAUUCAAAGGCAAGCGACCGUACUGCGAGUUCCACAGGUUCAACGGACACUCGACUGAGGAGUGCAAAACACUUCAAAUGCUGCUUCUGAAUAAGUACAAAAAAGGUGGCGUCGCUGUAGAACGAGAGCGGAGAAAAGUUGUCACACACAAAGAUAACCAGUAUUGCCUAAGAGACGAACAGCAGCACGACAGACAGCACGAAGAGGAAGCUGUCGCACAGGAUGACCAAGCAUGGGCACAAAAUGACCGAGAACGGGAAGUCGCUCGCUUACCUCCUCCCCUCAAACGGAAUCACGAAGCAGAAGAGCACAAUGAACCACCAGCUCCUCGCCGAAGGAUCAACAUGAUUAUGGGCGGCUUGUCAACAUGCCGCGAUUCUGUUAGAUCAAUCCAAGCCUACUGUCGUGAAACCGAAACAAAGCGCAACAUGCCUUCUCACAGCAACAUGUUCAAGACAUCCACCGUACCAAUUACGUUUACUGAAGAAGACGCGCGCAACGCUAGUCCGAACAAUGACCCACUUGUCGUAGAAAUGGUAAUUGUAGAAAGUUCAGUGACAAGAAUCCUUAUUGACACCGGAAGCUCGGUCAACGUGAUAUUCAAGUAUGUACUGAUCCAGAUGGAGAUUGAUUUGCGCAACACAGUCCAUGAAACGCAGCCUUUGACGGGAUUCGAUGGAGACACCAUCAUGACUAUCGGAACCAUCACACUUCCGAUCUACGUCGGCGGGACGAUGCAAUGCUUUAACUUCGCAAUCGUGGACAAACCCAUCGUCUACAACGUCAUUCUGGGAACACCGUGGCUCCACAAAAGGCGCGCUGUCGCUUCUACGUACCAUCAAUGUGUGAAGUUCCCGAACGCAUACGGAAUCUAUACGCUGCGCGGAGACCCUUUGAUGGCACGAACUUGUUUCAUCAUCGAGAAAAAGAUGUGGAAUGCACGAGCUUUCGUAAUUGCUGAAUCAACUCCACCGCGGGACCCACGCACACCACCUCCAAAAGAGUCCGUGAUUCAAGUCAACAUUGAUUUGUCUGAUCCCAAGCGUUGCGUCGGAAUAGGCGCCGAGUUACCAAUGGCUCUAAGAGACGAGCUCAUCCAGUUUUUGCGCAAAAACGCAACCACAUUCGCGUGGACGAUAGAUCAUAUGACCGGAAUCGAUCCAAGCAUUACCAGCCACGAGCUCAACGUCGACCCGACUUACAAGCCCGUCAAGCAAAAGCGUCGGAAGCUGGGAGCUGAACGCACAACCGCGGUCAAUGAUGAAGUACGGAAGCUACUUGAUGCGGGAUCAAUCACAGAGCUCGUCGAAGCCACAGCAGAAAACGAGUUGUUGUCUUUCAUGGACGCGUUCUCCGGCUACAACCAGAUAAUGAUGCACAAAGAUGAUCGCGAGAAAACUGCAUUCAUUACUGAACAGGGUACCUUCUGCUAUAGAGUCAUGCCCUUCGUACUAAAAAACGCGGGUGCAACGUAUCAGCGAUUAGUGAACCGGAUGUUCGCAAGUCAGCUAGGGAGAACGAUGGAAGUCUACAUUGAUGAUAUGCUCGUCAAAUCAGCUCAGGCCGCAGACCAUGUCGCACACCUAAAACAAUGUUUCGAGAUACUCAACAAGUACAGCAUGAAGCUAAAUCCGGCAAAAUGCACAUUUGGGGUUACUUCCGGGGAAUUCUUGGGAUACCUCGUCACGAAACGUGGCAUAGAAGCUAAUCCGAAACAGAUUUCGGCUAUCAUCAAUCUCCCCUCACCACGGAAUACACGCGAACUCCUCCGCGGAAAUAAACGCUUCGAGUGGGAUGAGAAAUGCGAGCUAGCAUUCACACAGUUGAAAGACUACUUAUCGUCCCCACCAGUCCUGGCCAAACCCGAGCAAGGAGAAACGUUGUAUCUCUACAUCGCCAUCUCCUGUUCAGCUGUAAGUGGUGUGCUCGUCAGAGAGGAUCGUCGAGAGCAACAUCCAAUCUUCUAUGUGAGCAAAACUCUCGAUGGCGCAGAACUUCGGUACCCAACUCUUGAGAAGCUCGCAUAUGCAGUCGUCAUUUCAGCCCGCAAGCUCCGCCCAUACUUCCAAUCACACACUGUUGAAGUCCUGAAAAAUCAGCCGCUGCGCACGAUCCUUCACAGCCCAAGUCAAUCAGGUCGUCUGGCAAAGUGGGCAGUUGAAUUAAGUGAGUACGACAUUGAGUACAAGAAUCACACAUGCGCUAAGUCACAGGUUCUCGCUGAUUUUCUCGUAGAGCUCUCUCCUGAACUCGAAGCUGACACCCCUCCACCCGAUAUAUGGUCUCUUCACGUAGACGGCGCUUCAUCGAAAAUGGGCUCGGGAGCAGGCGUACGCCUAACCUCACCAACAGGUGAAAUCUUGGAACAGUCAUUCCGCCUUGCUUUCACUGCCACAAACAACGAUGCUGAGUAUGAAGCGCUAAUCGCCGGGUUACGUCUCGGAGUCAAAAAGAUACAAGCCUACUGCGAUUCACAGCUGGUCACGCACCAAUUCAGUGGAGACUAUGCAACAAGACACGCGCGCAUGGAUGCUUAUCUGAAAGUCGUCCGCGACCUCUCACAACAGUUCGAGUUCUUUGAGCUCGUCAAGAUCCCACGUAGCGAUAAUGCUCCUGCAGACGCACUCGCAACACUAGCCUCUACAUCGGACCCAGACCUCCGCCGAGUAAUUCCGGUGGAAUGCAUUGAUCAACCAAGUAUUGAUGUCCAACUCCUUGAAGUCGCCCUUUCAACAGAAGCGUCAGCAAACCCGAGCGCUAACUCAGCAAUCGUCUUAGCAGUCACGAGAUCAGCCUCAACGGCCUCAAACGCGAACACUUCCACCACGCCUGUUCCAGCCCCAAUAGCUGUGAAUCCAAGCACUCCAGCAACUCUAGCACCAGCACCUGUUUCCUCCUCGCGAGAUGAUUGGCAAACUGAGAUUAUAGCAUUCAUAGCGGACGGAAUUAUGCCAAAAGACAAGUGGGAAGCAAGACGUCUUCGCGUCAAGAGCGCGCACUACACAAUGUUGGAUGGAAGCUUGUUUCGAUGGGAGGCAAAUGGCGCUCUUCUCAUCUGCGUUAAUACAAAGGACGUCAACGACAUCAUGCGAGAGGUCCACGAAGGCGCCGGAGGUAACCACUCGGGGGGGCGAGCAUUUGCACUUCGAAUUCGCCGCAAUGGGCUAUUCUGGCCAACAAUGGUUGCCGAUUGUACAGCAUUCGCAAGCAAAUGCGAAAAAUGUCAGCGUCAUGCACCCUUCAUCCAUUCCCCGACCGAACUCCUGCGCACAAUGUCACCAUCCUAUCCGUUCAUGCGAUGGGCUAUGGAUAUUGUCGGUCCGCUAACACCAUCUCGUCAAAAGAAGUACCUCCUAAUUAUAACGGAUUAUUUCACUAAGUGGGUGGAAGCAGAGUCGUACGCCUCUCUCGAAGCCAACGAAGUUCAGAAUUUUAUUUGGAAAAACAUCAUAUGCAGGCAUGGACUCCCAUACGAAAUUAUAUGCGACAACAGACCCCAAAUCAUCUCACUCCAGUUCGAAGGAUUCUGCGCUGGCUGGCGAAUACGCCUUAGCAAGUCGACUCCACGAUAUCCGCAGGGCAACGGACAAACAGAAGCCACCAACAAGACAAUUCUCGCUGACAUCAAAAAACGCCUCGACGAAAAGAAGGGACUCUGGGCAGACGAGCUCGACGGCGUUCUAUGGUCUCACAGAACCUCACCGCGGACAUCCACAGGACGAACACCAUUCUCGCUCGUAUACGGCAUGGAGGCCCUCGCACCAGCAGAAGUCGGGAUCCCGACGCUUCGACGCUCUAUGCUAGUCCACGACCCGGAGUUGAACAACAAGAUGUUGUGCGACAGACUACUUUUCCUCGAAGAAGAACGCGACCAGGCACUAUUACGCAUCCAAAACUACCAGCAAGCAGCGGCAAAAUUCUACAACAAAAAGGUCUAG